AUGAACGACCAACCCAUCAAGCAGAUCCUACAUCGGCCCAAGACCUCUGGAAGAAUGUUGAAAUGGGCAAUCGAGUUAAGUGAAUUUGAUAUUGAAUUCAGGCCAAGGACGGCUAUUAAGGCACAAGCUCUAGCAGACUUCAUCGUUGAACUCACCCUUUCGCCCGAGCACCCACCAGGGGGACAGGCAGAUUGGAAAAUUUUUGUCGAUGGAUCUUCGAACGAUGAAGAAUCCGGGGCUGGGAUCAUAAUGAUAGGUCCGAAUGGGGAAGAGUUGGAAUACUCGUUGCGUUUUGAAUUCCUAGCUAUAAAUAACGAUGCCGAGUACGAGGCAGUGAUCACAAGUUUAAGAUUGGCAGCCAAACUCGGGAUAACUUCAGCAGAAAUUUGCAGCGACUCUCGAUUGAUAAUCGGGCAAGUGACGGGGGAGUUCGAAGCAAAAGACGAAAAGGUGGCAGCAUAUUUAAUGGAGGUCAAAAACUUGCAGAAGGGGUUCACCAGGUUUAAGAUAACUAAGGUUCCGCGAAAGGACAAUGAGCGGGCAGAUGCGCUGGCUAAACUCGUAUUCGCUAACCCCAAACGUCUGCCUCGCACAGCAAGCGUGCAAAUUCUGCGGCAACCUAGCAUCCCACACACGACAGAUGUUAUGAAUAUAAAGUAUGAGGAGAGUUGGAUGGACCCGCUGUUUGAAUAUCUAACAAAGAAUAAAUUGCCGGAAGAUGCUUUCACGGCGAGAAGGCUAAAAAUUUGGGCAGCCUUGUUUGCCGUCAUCGAUGGACUGCUCUACAAGCGAGGUUUCACAAUGUCAUAUUUGAAGUGUUUGCGACCAACAGAGCCACAGGAGGUGCUAGUCGAGACGCUUCGACAAGGAUAUUAUUGGCCUAGUAUGAAGGAAGAUGCUAAAGAUUUAGUUGGGAAAUGCGAUGCAUGUCAACGCCAUGGGAAUUUGAUCCACAUUCCUAUCGAGCAACAGACGGCAAUUUUUGGGGUGUGCCCUUUCUUUCAAUGGGGGAUGGACAUCUUGGGACCUUUGUCCCUGGCCAAGGGACAAAGGAAGUUCUUGCUAGUCGCCGUAGACUACUUUACUAAGUGGGUGGAGGCUGAACCCUUGGCCACCAUCACGACUACAAAGAUACAGGGAUUUGUCUGGAAGAAUAUCAUAUGCAGGUUCGGCAUACCCAGAGUAAUCAUUACUGAUAAUGGAAAACAAUUCGAUAAUCAUAGUUUUCGAGCCUUCUGCACAAGUUACCACAUCGACCACAGACUGACUUCAGUUGCUCACCCAUAG